AUGCGCAAUGACUCUCAGGUGGAUGAGGUGACUCAAGUCGUGAGCAAGGCGUGCCAAGACUUCAACACCUCCGUCAACGCCCCCGUUGAGGUGUACGAAGAAGAUUUCGGACACCCUGCGAUAGGACCGACCGUUAUUCAAAGAGCAGGCGCCUUCAGACCCCCUUGCAUACGUCGGAAACUGGGAAAAAUCUUCAUUUCUAGCAACGCGCCAACACAUCCCUCCAGUUCCGCCCCGGUUGAGGACGGCGGGGCCGGCAAGAUCGUGGGCGUGUCCUUCGUCGACGUGCACGCGAAGGGAUCGAGGGUGGCCACCCUCGGACCGGUGGCGUCCUUAGCCUCUGGUGCCGGCAAAAAUUCGUUCGUGGCCGCUUGCGCCUACGCCGAGGAGCUCGGCUUCUCUACUCUGGCUGGUGGCCCGAGAUCAGAUGGCAAGGUGGUCGGCUACUCCACAGGUACCAUCAGGUUCUACUGCCCCGUCGAGUUCACGGGCCUCUUGUCGUGGUGCUUGGCUCAGAAAGGGCUCAAGGUUUUCCGAGCGUCGCUCAUCAUGGCCAGGGGGCACUUCGAGCACACCCCGUGGCCGAACGCCACCGGUCACAUCGUGGCCCCGAGCACCACCGGAUACUGAAAGGCGGCAACAUUACCUUCACAGGGCGACGAAGCAAAUAUACGUCGAUCACUUAUCAAGGGUGUUGGCUUGUUGACGCUGUUUAAGGCACCCUGUUGUAGGGAUUCGGAGUGUGCCAAGUCACUGGUGUGUCUUGGUUUUUUUGCCAUAUAUAUGCUCCAUAUGCUAGGGAGUGCCGCGGACACACCAUGUGUGUCCGAUGAAGCCAUAUGCCCUUCGCUGUCAAAUGUUUUUUGAGAUGUGCGGUUUUAUGCCACAACAGGGUAGCUCUGUGCACCUGCGUGGCGAACGUGCACUGGACAGUAGAUAGGUGAAGGGCGGGGUGUGCGCGUGAGAAGUACGAACAUCUGUACUGCGGGCGAUCGUCAGGGAAAAUGUAUGUUACAAGGUGGGAGGUUGUGGA